AUGCUUGAUUACCCCAAAUUAACCAACGAGUCUCCAACGGAAUUAAGGCGCUUAGCCCACACUAUUCAGCAACAUAUAUGUGCUUUAAACAAAUUAGGACAAGUCAACCCCGAUAACAGUGCUCUACUUAACUGCAUCAUUUUGUCGAAGGUACCAUUAAGUAUUCAAAAACAAUGGGAAAUGGCGCUACCUGACCACGAAGUGUCUCAGUAUAGUCAUUUGCUAAAAUUCCUCGAGAAAUUAGCACGGAACUCCAGGUUCCCACGGUUCAACAACCAAGAGCUUCACCAGAACAAACGACAUCCGGAAAAACAGCCGUCGAGGUCGAAUUCCUCCACCUCGAGCCGAAGUCCCUCCUCGUCAAGCAGGAGAACAGCAUUGCCCCCGUCACCUACAGCAGCUUCCGAGGUAUUGCAUAAUGACAUAGUGACUACAGCCCAAGUCCACAUACUAACCAACAAACAGCAACCGAUCCAGUGCCGUGCGCUCCUCGACACCGGAUCCAGCAUGAACUUCAUCACAGAAAGGCUUGCAAACAUCCUCGGAAUAAGGCAAAGGAAGUGUUCGGUCCCAAUUGGAGCUCUCGAUACAUUGAAGACGACAUCAAGGCGACUCAUAAGGGCGACGAUUACCUCCAUUGACGGCAAGUACGAAUGCACAUUGGCAUUUCUCGUCAUUCCAGCCAUAACGCACCUGAUUUCAAGUCAGCCCAUCGAUCGUUCGGCGCUUGACAUACCCAGGAAUAUCAAGCUAGCCGAUCCCCGAUUUCAUGUGCCUUCCCCGAUCGCUGUCUUAUUAAGCUCGGGCACAACUCUUUCGUCGAUGUACGUCGGACAAAUCAACCUGACGCAACCGGACGAACCGGAACUGCGCUCGCAAAAAGCACUAUUCGGCUGGGUAAUCGGGGGGAGUCCAACUUCCUCAACCGCGACAAACACUUUUCACGCAUCCACGACGGCUCCGCAAGUAGACCUUACGCGGUUCUGGGAAAUCGACGAAGGACCCCCAAUCAAACACAUCUCAGAAGCAGAGCGACGAUGCGAAGAUCAUUUCAGAGCUCACACCCGACGCACCAGCGAAGGACGAUACAUCGUCGCUCUCCCGUUCAACGAAAAUCUCUCGUCGCUCGGAUCAUCCAAGGCAUUGGCAAUGAAACGACUCGCAUCCCUCAACCGCCGAUUCCAGCGCGACAGGCGCUUUGAAGCCGAUUAUCGAGCGGUAAUCCAAGAUUAUCUAGAUCGAGGACACAUGUCAAAAAUCAGUCCUGACAACACCGACGAAGGCGGGUAUUAUCUACCACACCACGCCGUGAUCAAGGUAGCGAGCGAAACAACGAAACUCCGAGUCGUGUUCGACGGAUCCGCGGCUAGCAGCACCGGAGUAUCAUUAAACGACACACUCUAUGGAGGGUCCAAGUUACAAGAGGAUCUAUUCAAUAUCCUGCUUAGAUUCCGUCUGCAUCAGUAUGUACUCACCGGGAACAUCGAGAAGAUGUACAGGAAAUUCCUGGUGCGAUCAGAGGACCGACAAUAUCAACAAAUCGUUUGGCGUAACAAGGAGGGGGAAAUCGAAACCUACCAACUUAACACCGUGACGUUCGGGUUAUCGGCAGCUCCAUACUUGGCCCUACGGUGUCUCAAGAAGUUGGCAGACGAUGAAGGACAUCGAUUUCCACGAGCGUCAUCGGCUCUGCGACGAGACUUCUACGUCGAUGACGCCCUCACCGGAGCGGACACGAAGGAAGAGGUACUACCCCUCAGAAAGGAACUAACCGAACUUCUCCAAUCCGCCGGUUUGAACAUUCGAGAAUGGGCUUCCAACGACCAGAGCAUCCUCCAAGGGUUAUCCGAACAAGACAAAAGCCGAAGGUUACAAUUAGUUGAGUAUCAAACCCUAAAAACACUCGGCAUAUUUUGGGAUUCCAAGGACGACGCAAUACUCUACUCGGUCGAAGCUAACGCCAAGAUCUCUUGGGUUACAAAGCGAUCGAUCAGCUCGGUGAUCGCCAGAAUCUACGACUCACUAGGAUCGCUUGCGCCAGUGAUCGUUCGAGCGAAGAUUAUACUUCAACGAGUCUGGUCGCUAAAGGUCGACUGGGACGAGGCCCUGCCAGCGGAUUUGCAUUCCGAGUGGAACCGUUACUACACCAAACUAUCACUACUCAACGAGAUACGGUUCCCACGCAAGACCAUAAUAAAAACACUCAUCGAGAUUGAGCUCCACGGCUUUUGUGACGCCAGCGAAAGGGCAUACGGAGCCUGUGUCUAUCUGAGGUCUCUCGAUCAUUACGGAAACGUCCAGACACGACUACUCACUGCGAAAUCGAAGGUAGCUCCGCUCAAAACGCAAACCAUUCCACGACUUGAACUGAGUGGCGCUCUUCUACUCACGUCACUAAUUGCAAUCAUAAGGCAAGCAUUGCAUAUCGAGGUAAAGCGUACAGUUUAUUGGACGGAUUCCACCAUUGUUCUUCAGUGGAUCAAUUCGUCACCUCACACACUGAAAACAUUCGUCGCAAAUCGCGUAGCCGAGAUACAGAACAAAACUAGCUUCACAGAUUGGCGUCAUGUUCCCACCAAUGACAAUCCGGCGGGUCUGAUUUCUCGAGGACAAUCAGCCGAAGACUUCCUGCAGCCUAACAUGUGGCAAACUGGACCACGGUGGCUGCAACAACCAGAAGAAUAUUGGCCGAUGUGGAGUCCAACACGUUUAGCCAACUUACCAGAACGGAAAGCAGCAACUUGUCUCGCCACAACUCCUGUCGACAACAGCCUCUUGGACAGAUUUUCAUCGUGGACAAGGGAGCUCUACGAAUUGCUGAAAUCGGACGAUCACAUCGAAAAGGUAAUUACUUUCCUAGCCAACAAGCAAAUCGAAUGGCACUUCAUACCCCCUCAUUCUCCACAUUUCGGGGGACUAUGGGAGGCAGCGGUGAAGCCCUUCAAAUAUCACUUCAGACGCAUCGUCGGUAAUGAGUUGUUUACGUUCGAGCAAUUCAAUACACUUGUCAUAGAAAUCGAAGCAGUUCUCAACUCCCGACUAUUAACACCCAUAUCCACUGAUCCCAAGGAUCUCCUCGUCCUCACUCCGGGUCAUUCCCUCAUCGGCGAGUAA